UAUAUUGAGUGUUCUUGUCGGUCGGUCGUCAUGUCUUGGUUUGCCUUGCAUGGCGAACGGCAGGGCUUUGAAAGGUCUCGCUUGGAAACUCCAUGCAGCACUCGCCACAAGAAAUCAAAACCACCCUAGAACGUGUUGUAGACGCUGAUGGAAAUGUGAGCUAAUUUUCAGGACAUUUGACGUGUCAGUUGUGAAGAAAUUAACGGUUUUUUGCAUCCGUUGUUGUUUUCAGGUUUUGGACAUGGCGGCCGUUUUGGAGGUAGUCACGAUCUUAGAGCGUCUUCCUAUCACCAAGGAGGCUCUUGAGGUGAAUUGCAGACGAUUUUCCCUUCGUGUAACGACUUUUUUGUUUAAUAUUUUUCCAGUGCGUGAAAAAAUAUAAUUACUUCAGUCGUUUAAAGGUGGAUGGUCUGACAAUGUUCACGAUCUAAAAGCGCAUGUGAAAGGAUUCUACAUGUAGUUCGUGCGGGUUUUUCUUUUUAUUAGCUUUUGAGGAAGGUGGAUCUUAGUUCUGAAAUUACUCACGACUUUAUUGAAAUAGCGUGUUGUUUUGUGGGUUUGAAAUUUUGAACCGACAAGAAGAGUGAUUAAGUUAGUUUCGGAGCAACUUUCUUCUGUGACAAAAUUUAAAAAGUGGCAGACUGUUCCUGACUCUCUUAAGCGCAAUAAACUUUGUCUUGUUAUUGGAGUAAAGGGAAAAAAUAUAAAUUUUUGCACUCACGAUCGUUAGUAAAAAUCUCCUCGAUAGAAAGCUGCCCUUCAUAAAAUGAUAUUUUUUUCAAGUGUUUCGCGUUGUCGAGUGGCAAAAGUGAAAUUAACAUUGUCGAAUUCCGGGAAAUGUACUCCCUGUGCUGACCUUUUCCAUAACAGUGUUUCCUUUCUUAUUUUAGUAUCGUUUUUAUAGAAAUAUGGUUCAGCUUGAAAAAUCAAAAGUUCUACCACUUGGUGCAUAUUUUUAAAGCUGAAAAAUAACUGUUGAUAUAAUAGGUUUGUUUGUACUGUAGGCCUUUCGUAGAAUUGAUUUCGUAAAAUUAUGCAAGUUACACACUUCUCGUACAUCUGGCCAAAUAGUUCUCUUUUAAAAUGUUAAAAAAAGGAGACGCGAAAAUAAUUUUAGUAUAUUCCUAGCGCCCCUCUCAGAUUUAUAUUUCGACGAUAGUGAAUGUGUCAAUUACAACGCACAAAUUUGCUUCACCUUUUUCAAGGUACCGGUGAGGUUCUCUUUCUUUAAUGUUUCCACAUGUUGUCUCUCUUCACCUUGCCUGUGUAUUGAAUUUAGAACCUGUUACAAGGAGACUAAAUGUAGUCUUUUUUAAUGCCUCUUGUAGGUAAAUUAACCCUGCACUCUUGAUUAAGGUUUACUGUGUUGUUCUCAGUAUAGCAGAUUUAAUUGUCUCGGUCUAGAAGCAAGAGAUAUUGCAAUGUCUAUUAAGUCAGUUUUCCUUUCUAUAUUGGCAUUUUAGAGUAAUUGUUAUUUUGCUAGCAGUUAAAUAGUCAUUGCAAUCUUCUUUCUCCACAGAAAACACGUAUAGGAAAAACAAUAAAUCUUCUACGGAAAAAAACAACUAAUGAAGAACUAGCUAAAAGGGCCAAAGGACUUGUUAAAAAAUGGCAAAAACUUGUAAUUAAUCAUCUUGAGACGCUACGUAAUACAGAUUCUCCAAUCAAUGGGGGGAGAUUGUCAUCGCCGCAAAUUAAUGGAACUAUCAGGGACGGUGAAAAACCAGCAUCUCCAUCAGUCGAAAGAGCAGGAAAAUCUAAAAUCCUUGAAGGAAAAAAGAGAGGAGUCAAACGGAAACGUAAUAGCUGUUCAAGUAAUGAAAAUUCACCAAGUGUUCUUUUGAAAUCAGAUGAUUCUGAAAGCCACCCUGGGACUCCAAAUUCUGGUCAAGAAACAGCACUGGGUGGCCAUACAAGUAGUUUGUCCACUUCAUUUCCCGAUUUGCAGUUAGACAAAGAGAAAAUUAGUUCAUCUCCUUUGCCAGAGUCAUCUCAGGAUGGAGACACAGAAAGUGCAUUUUCUUCGUCACAGUUAACCCAGUCACAAAUGUUCCAGGAAGGGGACAAAAACAAAGAACAUUUAUCAUCAGUGCCACAGAUGACAGACUCACAAAGUACUGAAAAUAAUAGUAUUUCUGUAGAUUCUGGAAUUAGUUCACAGUCAAGUGUCAGCAUAACAGAGGAAUUUGAUAAAGAAAACCAGUCAGCUAGUGUUAAAUCUGAAUUAAAUAAUUGCCAGUCAAGCAGUACAAAAGUAGACAUUUCGCAGGACUCUAAAAAUGAUUUCACAGACACCAGAUGGAAUUCUAAAUCUCCAACUGCAGACAUGACCAGUGAAUCAAAUGUUGAGUCAAAGACUGAUGGAAAUAUAUCUGGCACAGAGGAAGUACUCCCACAAGAAGUGCUGGGAGAUCAAGACACUCCAACAUCACCAACUCCAAAGGAAUUAGUAUUAGAUGUACAUGUAGAAGCAAAUGGUAUUACCGGUCGUUAUGGGACUGACGGCACAUGGUAUGACUGGACAGAAGCGAUGCCUUCUUCUGAUGGCGCAUUGCAAGUCCUUCCUUAUGUGAUACUUGAAUAGAAUUAAGAAGAUGUAUAUUUCCUUAAAUGAAAUUGUGUUACAAAUCCCAUUAUUGUGUAGUUUUGCUUGUGUCAGAACUGGAGGAGCAGGAAGGAGUAUCUUGAGAGCUCAAUUUCUUUGCUAAUAAACACUUUCUGUUUGUGUGAACUUAAGUACUUUUUUACAUCCUCUUAAAGUGAGGUCCUAUAUCCCUCUCUCUAGAAACCUGAUAUAGUGAACCCCUUUGUUACAAUGACCCCAGUAUUAGGAGCUUGAAAAAUUGACACAGUUAGUGUGUGGCCUGCCUCAUAAUAGAACCCAAGUUUGAUUCCUUGGUGUGACAUGAAAUCCUUGUUCCUUUCUGUGUAGCAGUAAGUAGCUUUAAAUAAUAUCUGUAAAAUGUACACUAAUCAAGAGAGGGGUGUAAUGAGCACGCCAUUGGCCUUUAACUUUUACAUUAUCUUUAUCUUGACCUUUCACUUUUCAAUUUCACUCUAAAAUUUACGGGUCAGGACCCCGCACCAGUCGCUUGGCUUUAGUUGUAUUGGAGUCUUUGCUGCGCAUGUACAGGUCAACUAAACAUACUGUGCAGUUAGCGAGAAUUGAUGAGACUGUGAAGCAGUCUGCAUUCAAAAUCAUAUGACUGUGCAAAUCUGGGGUGCUUAGACUACCAAAAACUUCCAAAAGUUUGGCUGAACAGUUUGAACUUUACAAGAGUUUGUUCUGUUUUAACAUUUUCCUGUUAUGACAUGUCCCAGUAUGGGCUUUGUGGUAUUUCUCUUGAUGUUUCAGUCAGUUUGAUUACUAAUAUUUGUAGAGUGGAGUUAGUAUUGGUAUUUUUGCCUUUCACUUUAUGACCUAGCCCCAUUAAGUUUAUUGAGUUGCACUCUGUUCUCUGUCUUGAGAGGUGCAAAGUAGAUUAUACUAUAAACAGUGUACAUAAAUCCAGUUGUCUAUCCUGUCACAUAAUAGUAAACUAAAAGUUCUACAAAAAAAAAGAAAAAAAUUCAUACAUUGUACAUAGAACAACAAG